AUGCAGACGUCAAUAAUGAGUAUAAAACUGAAUAUAUGGCUGGUAUGUAGUGCGAUAUGUGCUUGUGUGGUACAGGCCUCACAAUCAGUGUGCUCGUCCCAAAAUACAGCGACCACUGACGGUGUACGAGAUCAAUUUCAGAGCAAUGGGUGGUGUUCAAAUAACUGUGCGGGUCAUCAGUUUGCCAUCGUACAGGGGUUCAUGUGCUGGUGCGGUGAUUCAGAACCGAGCACUCAGACAUCUGUGAAUGAUUGUAGUGGUACAUGUCCUGGGUAUGGUUAUGAAGACUGCGGGAAUGCGGAUAAGGAUCUUUUCGGUUACAUAUACUUGGGACAGGAGCCGUUAAGCUCACUAGAUAGUGUGGAAACGUCAACAGUGUCCAGCACAAACAGCUUCAGUAGUGGUGCUACCAGUAGCCUUACAAGUACUUUGGUGUCCACCACAGCAUCACUGGCUCUAAAGUCAACAAGUACGACUUUAUUGGCACCCACAUCAAUCAGUACGACGUCAGUAACGCCUACAUUAAUGAGUGUAACAUCAUCCACUUCCACAUCGACAAGCACGUCGUCGUCUACCCCUGUUACAACCAGCACAACCUCAUCGACUACAACCAGAACAACUUCAACGGCCCCUACUACAACCCGCACAACUUCAUCGGCUCCUACUACAACCAGUACAACUUCAUCGGCUCCUACUACGACAAGUGAAAUCUCAUCGACUACAACCAGCACAACUUCAUCGGUUCCUAUCACGACAAGUACAACUUUAUCGGCACUCACUACGACGAGUACGUCUUCCUCUACUACAGCGCCAAUGAGUACAACAUCUUCCCGUACAGAUGUACCAAGCACCACGGUGACUUAUACCAGUAUUUCUGCCUCUCCAACAACGUCCAUCAUAACUUCGGUGAACCUGCAGACUUCCCUUAAGUAUUCUGUAACAACAGUGACUUCUAUUCACACUAUGGACACAAAUGUUUCGGAAAUUACUUCAAGAUAUCUCACUAUGACAAAGAUAAUAACGCAAAUAUAUUCCUCUUUACCCACUGAAACGUCCAUUUCGCCAGUGGUCACUACGUCUGCCGGUGUUGGUGGUAGAAUUACCAACAAUAAUAAUAACAGUAAUAGCACUAACAGUAAUAGCGUACCAACUAACAAGUCUACAGAUAAGAAGGGUUAUUGGCAUUCCCCGGGGAAAAUAGCAGCUACUUUUGUGGUUGUGGGAGUGGUAUGUUUGGUAAUCAUAUGCGUAUUAGUAUACAUGAUAUACCACUAUAGAACAAGGCCAGCACGGAAGGCCCAAGACUUCGAGAACGAAUACCAGAGUAAGUUUCCCCAGUCCAAGUAUCCAAAUGAAAUGACUACUACCACACUACACACGCCUUCGCCAUCGUCAAAUUCUACUUUCUCUACUCCGAGACUGAUAUAUACCGAUGAAAAAGGGCAAAUUAUGUCCCAAUCACCUUCUCCACGCCAAUCUACGCAUUCGUUGACUGCAGGCAGUCCACUAAACGACCCAAGCGCGCUGGCAAGCCCAUUUCGUGACCCCACCCUCUCCAGAAGAGCUUCUACUUUCUUCCAAUCACCCAUCCAAAAACAUUAUGAAAAAAUGGAAUCUAACGUCACUCUCGGCCAAGACACAGUACUGGUAGAUCAAAGACUGGAUCCAAGUAAGAUGCUCAACACUAUAGUGAAUGAUGAUGCAACAAAUCACUCUACAAUCUCAUUAUCGGAUAACGUAGACUACUCUAGGAGGGUACUGCGUGUAAUGAACGAAUGA